AUGGUCUGUGACUUCUUCUAUCCCCAAUUAGGUGGUGUCGAGUUCCAUAUCUACCACUUAGCACAAAAUUUAAUACGACUAGGCCAUUCUGUUGUAGUGAUAACACAUGCAUAUAAGGAUAGAGUCGGUGUAAGGUACUUGACCAACGGUUUGAAAGUAUACCACGUACCAUUUCUGAUAAUGUACAGAGAGACGGCAUUCCCCACGGUGUUCUCAGCAUUUCCAGCUAUCAGAAAUAUUCUAAUUAGGGAAGAGAUCCAAAUUAUUCAUUCUCACGGUGGUGUAUCUACUUUUGCCCAUGAAGCUGUUCUACAUGGCAAUACAAUGGGUAUAAGAACCGUAUUUACUGAUCAUUCCCUUUAUGGUUUCCAUUCAACAGGUGCCGUCUUGGCUAAUAAAGUUGCUGAAUUUACUCUAACAAAUAUCGAUAGAGUCAUCUGUGUGUCUAGUACAUGUAAAGAAAAUAUUGUAGUAAGAGCAGAUAUAUCACCUAGUAGGAUAUCUGUGAUACCGAAUGCUGUGGUAAGUGAGGAUUUUACACCACGUAGUGUGGAAAAAACAAUCAAUGGGAAGAAGAAAUUUACUAUUGUUAUCAUCGGAAGAUUAUUUCCAAACAAGGGUUCUAGUUUGUUGACGUUAAUUAUCCCCAGCAUUUGUGCUACUCAUGAAGACGUCAAUUUCAUAGUGGCAGGUGAUGGACCAAACUUUGUUGACUUUCAGCAGAUGAUUGAAACACAUAGAUUACAAGAAAGGGUUGAACUACUCGGAGCUGUUCCACAUGAAAAAGUCAGAGAUGUUCUUUGUCGAGGUGAUAUAUAUCUACAUGCAAGUUUGACAGAGGCAUUUGGUACUGUUUUAAUUGAAGCAGCAUCUUGUGGUUUACUCAUCGUGACAACAACAGUAGGUGGGAUCCCUGAGGUCCUACCAGAAGAUAUGACUGUAUAUGCGCACGAAACUUCUGUGUCAAGUCUAAUAGAUGCUACUAAUGAAGGUAUCAGAAUAAUGAGAACGGGAUCCAUUGAUGCAAUGACAUUCCACAAACGAGUCGGGAAAAUGUAUGAUUGGCUAGCGGUAGCGCAAAGAACAGUGGCGGUAUAUGACGAUGUCUAUUAUAACUAUAAUCCAUAUGACAAGAAAUGGUCUACUAUGGUUGCAAGAUUUUAUCGAAGAAAUGGUAGCUGGGCCAGGCUGCUGUAUGUUUUAUGUGCAAUUGUGGAUUACUAUCUUUAUUUCAUUCUGGAGUUCCUAUAUCCAAGAAAAAACAUAGAUAUAGCACCGAAAUGGCCAAAAAGAAGUGAGGUAAAUUGGGAAAGUACAUAA